GCCCCGUACUAGAACGAUAUUCAAAUCUUUAUUUAUAUUUUUUCUUUCGUGUGAAACUUAUUUUUGAAUAUAGCAGUUUCCGGUACGUUCCACCAUUUCCGUGAACGGCCAUUUUAUAAGACGCUUCGUGAUCGCGUAUGUUUGCAUGUACGGUGUCUUUUAUUCUUUUUAACUGCAAACUGCGGAGUAAAUUCUCCGACUAGUUUCAAUCGUUUGUCCAGUGAAAGAAGCCUCAACGAUGAUCAAGCCCGAGGAGAGUCAAGUACAAAAUAACGACGAGAGGGACAGAAGUAGGGAACGUGAUCGUAAUCGGAGAUCGGAUAGGCAAACUCGCAUAAACUCCACUAGCCGUGAUCGGAGCAGAGAACGUAACGAUCGUGGUGGCAGAAAAGCAUCAGAUCGCCGUAUUUAUGUAUCAAACAUUCCCUAUGAUUUUCGAUGGCAAGAUCUUAAAGAUCUCUUCCGGACAGAGGUAGGAAAGGUAGCACACGUGGAACUUUUCACUGAUGAAAAUGACAAACCAAGAGGCUGUGGUAUCGUUGAAUUCGAAGAUUCAGACUCUGUGAAAGUUGCUGUAGAGAAAAUGCAUCGAUACGAUAUUAAAGGGAGGAAGCUUGUGGUAAAAGAGGUAGAUUUUGACAUUGAACGUGAUAAAUAUGGUCGUUUAGCGACGGCUCGUAAUAAUGAUAGAAUUCGUGAUGAUAGAUUUAGAGAUCCACCCAGACCACAGGGGGGUGGUAGACAAAAUAUGAAUGCUCCUAGUGGAGGCGGCGGUGGUGGCGGCGGCGGAGGCGGUGGCGGUGGUGGUGGUGGUGGUGGCGGUGGCGGCGGCGGCGGCGGCGGCGGUGAUAAUAAGUUUGGAAAUACCUAUGGUCUGAGUACUCAGUUUUUAGAAUCUUUGGGUAUUAACGGACCGUUAGUUACUAGAGUCUUUGUGGCAAAUCUUGAUUAUAAAGUGGAUGAGAAGAAGUUAUUAGAAGUAUUUAAAUUAGCUGGUAAAGUACUGCACGUUGAGUUAGGAAAGGAUAAAGACGGAAAAUCUCGAGGAUUUGGAGUUGUAGAAUAUGAUCAUCCGGUAGAAUCAGUGCAGGCUAUAUCCAUGCUUCACAAUCAGCAACUUUUUGAUAGACGUAUGACCGUUCGACUAGACAGAGCAAACGAACCAGAUAUGCCGCCAAAAUUACCAGAAGGUUUGAAGGGAAUCGGAAUGGGACUCGGCGCUGGUGGUAAUAGAUUAAUGGAUGUAGCUAGAAAUAUUCCUAAUGUUCAAGCAAACAAUCCACCUGUUGUAAAUCCUAUUUCUGCUCCUGUGUUGGCUGCUGGUGCCUUUGGUGCUGGCUUAAACAACGUUGUGCCUGCACAAUUAGCAUCCGCUUUGACAAACUCAAAUGCAGCAGCUCUUCAAGCAAGCCUUGCUGGAGGUUUAAGUGCAAACUUGACCACCAGUUCUCUACUGAAUUCAUCUUUGACAAAUGAAUUGGCUUCUAAUUUAAGUAAUUUUGGCGGUGGAGUCGGAGGUUUGUCUAAUUUACAGGCCUCUUUAUCUGCUGGACAAGGCAACAACUCGUUCGCGCCGCGAGGCUUAUCUAAAAUGGACAAUGAUGUAGGCUUCGGGGGAAACAAUGCUUUUGGUGGUUCUAACUUCGGUGGCGGCAGAGAUUUCGACACUGGAUUCAACAGAGGAGACAACGAUCGCGGUCCCGGCGGUGGUGGUGGUUUUGGUGGAAAUCAAGGUCAAGGAGGAGGCGGUAACAGGCAAAAUACGAAUGGUUCGCGACCUAUGUCGGAUACUGUUCUUAUAGGAAACCUACCACUAAACACAACGUGGCAAAUGUUACGUGAUAAAUUUCAAGAUGUUGGAGAGGUGAAGUUUGCUGAAAUGAGGAGCUCCGACAUGGGAAUGGUUCGAUUCGCAUCUGAAUGGGAUGCUGAGCGUGCUGUGUCUAUGAUGAAUCGAUCGCGUAUCGACGGCAGAACGAUCGAUGUUCGCCUUUACUAAAAGUUGGAGAACACAUUCAAGCGAGAGGAGACUGGGUGUUCGUAUGUCGUCUGCAGGAUUGUUCCACUCCUGAUGACAAUACUUGAAAUUCAUCCUUGUUGUGUGGCAGAACUUAGGACAGUGGGUGAGAAGUAUCUGUCGUUGGAAGAUCAACAAUCGUGUUUUAAUGCCUACUUCAACGUCGAAACACUCAUUGGCUGCCGGUGAUCACCCUUCCUUGCUACGACUGUUUCACUUAAAAUUCUUUACCAGAUUAUCGUUCCUUUUUACAAUGGAAGUCUACUCCCAAAAUCAGUUUUUUCGAGUGAUUCAUACAUAGUUUAAUUGUUAGGUUUAGGUUCAUAAUGUUCAACGUAAUUUGUAGGUUUUUUCAGUAUGUAGGAGUAUGCUAUUUACGGUAAUUAUCAAACGUAGCUUGUAAGUUUAUUUCUUAGUUUUCAUGAGAGAUCAAUCAGUUUUCCCAUAUUCCGGUCGAACGUGACGUUCUGGACGUUCGUGGACUGGUUAAUCGAUCAGGGACGGAUUAAUCUUUCAAGCAUAAAUACUAACGCGAUAAUAGCUAUUACGGGCUUUACAAGUUAAAGUUUAUCCAUGUAUGAUAGAUACUUUCAUGCACAAUCCUACACAGAUCGUGGACGUGUGUCGGUUAUUCUGUGGUAUCGGUCGCACUCUAUUCUUGUAUCUAAUACAUAACAAGAUACAUCAUGGCUCAACAGGGGACUGUGUAUUGUUUCCAUUGUAGUUCUGCGGUCUGAUCUUUUACUCGUCGCGCCACAUCGUUCUAGUAACUUGGAGAUUCAAGUAGUGUAUAAAAAUUUUAGUUGUCAUUAGGAUGGUCCCUUCUAGUUCACUCGCUUUGAGAAUUCGGCGAACAAGCAUUGGAUGACUUUGUACUCAAAAUUUGGCAGAAUUGUCGUACGUAUCGUAGUAUGUUUACCAAAAAAUAUGAAUCGUUUAUCCAGAGGACAAACAAUUUUUAAUAUAUUUCGGUGUUGAAUGAAAUGAACAUAAACAGAGGCUUUCCAGCUAAUUUUAUAAAUAUAUCUUUUGGUAAACAUAUUUUUCUCUCGCCAUAUAGAUCUCGAGGAACAUUCUGCGAAUUGUAUAACACUCUUGUAUAACCACAACAUCAUGACAGUGAUUGAAUAAAAUCCAAAUCCGUUUUGACUACAAAAAAAAAAACAUACUGGUCGUUGUUUUAUUUCUGUGUUGUUGUGAUUCUUUAUACUUUAAGCAGGUCAAGCUGUGGAUAUGCAUUGGCAAGGAGAUAUCGUUUCUGCAACUCACGUGUGCAAUAUAUUUACACAGAAUGAGAAUUCCAACUGCAUUGCACUUUAAACAGAAAUUUCUGCUUAAAGAUUUUACAAUGUCUCUUUAGAUGUAGAUAUCCCUAUUUACUUUUGAGAUACUGAAGCUCCACGAUCCUUAUAAUGAAUAUUUGUUUAUAUCGCAGGUGAGAUACGUUUCAGGUGAUUGUGGUUUGCUAUUCCUCUAUGCUGAAUGUGUUUCAAGAAGGAAUAAUUUGCUUGAAAUCCAUUAUCAAAAAUUUGAACCUGUUGUACUGGUACAUCGUUAAAACGAUACUCGGAUCAUCAAGUUAUACGUGGUACUCUUUUCUCGGAAGAUUGUUAACACGGUUUUACUGCAGAUUGAAAUAGUGUCUUAAAAGGUUUUCGGGGGAAGUUGAGACUGGAUGAUAAUGCUGCAUUUCGUCUCUAACAUUGUGGUUGAUUCUUAUUUAUUAUAGCAUUGAGAGUGUAUCUUCCACAUUCACUGAUAAUGAUGUCUGGUCUGAAAAAUUGCGCAACUUUAUUACGUUCUAAGUGAAUUGUUGUGAUAUAAGAAAUAAACCCUUUUUGUAGUAAGAGUAAUUUCCAUGGUAAGUGGUGGCAAAUUUUUUAUAGUCUGGUCUUUGCUGCAGUCGCCAACGAAACAUUUAUUGCCCGUUAUCAUGCAUAUGAUAUCUUUCUAAUAAUCAUCGUCGAUCUUCGCUGUGUGGUUGCCAAAUUUGUUUCUUAACAUUUGAAGGACGUUGUAUCUUUUUUUCUUAUAGCAUUAGUGAUGUUAGAUAGGGUCUUAUUUUAUAACGCAUGAGAUCGUGUGCAAUGGUUUGCUAUACAAUUUCCAUCGUAAAUGAUCACACAUUCGUGUUUUUAUUACUCCUUGAGAAAUGUUAGUGGAGGGACUUAUGUAACCAUUUCGAUGAAUAUUGGAAACUAGGGACAACAGAAUUAUCUCCUUGGUGUAAUUCAAAUUUUGUUCAUGCUGUGGUGUCCAAACAUUCAUUGUAAAUGGCAGAAAGUUUUAGAAGUUACGUGUGAAAAUACAAUUUUUAGGAUGCAGGUGCAGAUUAAAUAUAUUUUUGAUACAUUAUUAACCGUUGAAUGUUGCUAACAUCUAGCAUCACGAAGGUGAGGUAAGUCUCAAAAGUACCGAAACAGAUUUUUAUGUAUACAUGUUAUUCUUCCAGGGAAACUAUCUUGCCUGACUGACCCACGAGGUUAUCGAGUGGUAAGUUUCGUAAGUUUUGUAGGGUGAAAUGCAGUGUUACGUUUUUGAAUAUAAAUGAUAAACAUUUCGUUAUAUUAAUCUCAUUUCUAUUUCCAGUCUUAACAUUGCGAAACAUUUAAAUUCGGUGACUUUCAGACUACUUUUUGUAGAAAAUCAUAGUGUUAGUGAAAAUCGAAAACAGUGUGUGAAUAUAGUUAUCAAAAU